AUGUCAUCAUCCGUUCCAUAUGAUCCUUAUGUCCCACCGGAAGAAACCAACGGUCCAGAAUCACAGUCAAAAGCUGCUGCUUUAAAGGCAGAAAUAGAUGAUACGGUGGGAAUAAUGAGAGAUAAUAUUAAUAAAGUUGCCGAACGUGGUGAAAGAUUAACAUCUAUAGAGGACAAAGCUGAUAAUUUGGCUGUUAGUGCUCAAGGGUUCAAGAGGGGUGCUAAUAGAGUAAGAAAGCAGAUGUGGUGGAAAGAUUUGAAAAUGAGAGCAUGUUUAGUGCUGGUUAUUAUUAUUCUAUUAGUGGUUAUUAUUGUUCCUAUUGUCGUUCAUUUUACUUAG